AUGGCGAGACCAAAGAGCAUGCCUGACUUUGCGAGCCUCCUGGACACAGCCUAUACCCCACUCACCACUGGGAAAGGGAGGCCGAGGAAGAAGCCCAGCAUCUCGCUCGCGGCAGGAUUGAUAAUGAAUUCGGAAAACCAGAGCCCUAGAACGAUUCUUGACACCUCGGAAGAAUCACAAGAGCACAUACAAGAGGGUUGGAGCAACGGCUUGUUCUAUGCCUACGCUCAGAAGAGCGACUAUGCCCAAUCGCCGCCCUACAUUCUGACAUUUGCAUCCGCUUCCGUCGCUGAGGAGUGGUGGCGACUCGUUCAAGCCGAAUAUCCGGGCUCCAAACGUGCUGGUCCGCAACUUUUCAUACUCAAGGGGGAUGAUAUGCAGGAACAGAUUCAGGACAAUCCAAAGUUCUAUGGUCUGAGGAAUAAAUGGUUUUACACUCCCUCCGAAUCAGCGGCAGCUGGAGUCAUACCUUUACAGGAUUCGAAGGGUCACCCUGUUGGUACAGCGCCAAUUCCUGCUUCCAGACCGGCCAGCAAAGAUGGCACGAAAGAACCCGACUUCGAUAUGGCAAGCCUGACGGCGGCUUUGGACCGAAUGAAUUCUAUGAUAUCCGAAAACAGCGCCCAGAUUCGUGCUCUCAGCGUUGCUCAAUCAGAGGGAUUGCAACGCAUGCAAGAGAUCAACGAGUCGAACAGCACCCAGAUCAAAGCGCUCGCUGACGGUCAGGCUAAGCUCCAGUCACUCAUGGACCAGAAUGCCUCGCACUACAUCGCACUAUCGAAUUCGUCCUUUUCGAAUCAAGAGCAAGUAAAAGGUGUGCUGCAGACGAAUGCAGAGCAAAUCCGUUCCCUGGCGGAUGGGCAAAGUAAACUUGCAACAACAUGCGCGGGUCUCAUGAAAACCAUUGACAAUCUAGGCCGCUCUGUUGGUAAGGUUGGCGACACCGUCAAGGACCUUGCCGCGAGUCAAGGAGAAAAUGCUGCACGUUCAGACGCCGGAAGUACCGCGCCUUUCAGUGCGGUUGGGAAUCGAAUCAGCCCGCCUCCGAGAAAAUUGAAUCGCAGGAUCAAGGGCGUGUGGUAUGAGUACGAUGCAAGCCCUGCAUCUUCACCUAGGCACAGCGUGGGCUUUUUGGAAACGCCCCCCAAGAGCCCAAGUGCACGAACUUGA